GCACUGGUGUGGACGAGGCUUCGAGCUGCUGACAUGUAUCAUCCACACCAUUCAAGCGACGGCAGUGCAUGGUGUGGACAAUGGAGUGGACCAAGGAGCAGACAUUCGUGUUGAUUGAACUGUAUCAGUCACACCCAGUGUUAUGGGAUCCAACAGAUCCAACAUACAAGAACAAAGUGAAAAAACUACACGCUUGGAGAAGCAUCUCACAGGCCCUGGCAGUAGAACGAGCCGAGGUAGAAAAGAAGAUGAAAACUUUGAUUGGCCAGUUCCGGAGGGAGCAGAAAAAAAUGAAUACGAAGUCUGGAGCUGGAACGGGCGAUGCAUAUAUAAGCACAUGGUUUGCCUUCAACAGCAUGAAGUUCCUGUUAAGUAGAAACACACCACAUCCCACAAACGACUGUGGUAUCAGGGUAAGCAGUGAUAUUCCUAUAUACUUUCAAGGUAAUGAGCCGUCAACAUCCACUGUUGCUCAAAAUACGGAGGACACCGCCACGGGAUCCUCGCCCGAGGGAGAACAAGAAGUGUCCAUCAUGGAACGGGCAGACACCGUAGGGCCGAGCACUUCAACAAGCGUACGUGUAAAUCGUAAAAGGAGACAGGACGCCAUGGCGGAGGAGGCGUAUGACAUUAUGAAAACACUGCGGCAGGGGUAUGAGAGCAGGGACGAAUAUCACCAUUUUGGGGAACUGAUUGCAUGUAAAAUAAGGGCACUUUCUUGUCACCACGCAAGGAACACGGUUCAAAAUAUAAUACAGAACACACUAUACAAUGCAGAGCAAGGGAUGUAUGACAAACCAACACCCACCACUCAACAGCAAUACAUGAACUAAUGCACGAUCUCUGAAUAACACUAUAUGGGAUCAGUACUUGUUAGUACAGUCGCCCUCAUUAAUUGAAAAUUUACCCUUUGUGAUUAGGUAUUCUAGUAAGAUUUUACUAGUACACUGAGACCUCAUUAUUUUUUAAGUGCCUUUAAAGAUAUGUUUAUGCUAAUAAAAAAAAAAUAGUUUUAUUCAUCACCACCAUAUUUACUCAAGAUUGUUAUUUACUAUUGGUGGAAUAAAAAUUCUGGUGGCAACUGUUCGUACGUGCAUAUGGUAUGUCUUAAUGGGACAGUAUGCUUAUGCACCACCUGCCUGUUUCACUGUAAUAAGUAAAUUGGUACUUACUCCUU